AUGAAAAGAAUUCUAUCGAUUGACCCUCUACUCCUUCACGUGAAGGUCGGAGCUAGUCAUCAUCCAGGUCGCAAAAGCAAAAAAGAUGCCCACAUACGCAAAUUGUUCUAUACUUGCGGGGAGUUCAAGACUUCACCUCCUAAGAAGGAGUACCUUAGGUGCAAACUUAUCAGGGGCUUCAAAAGGGCAAUUCGCCAGAUAAGAAAAAAUGUGCUCCCAUCCAAGACAUUGAACAGAAUUAGGGGAAAUCCAUACAAUGCAUUGAGAGUCUGGCAAGCCCUAGCAGGCUGCUAUGAAAAAUACAUGACGGUGCUUGAGCCUUUAUCGUGUACCGAGAAAGGCCCAAAGACAGAUGGAAAACUUAAGAAACGCAUUCGAGGUCGAUACUUGCUCUGGUUCCUAUAAAAAGCUUUUUUCUUAUUUUUAAUUUUUAUUUUAUUAUUUUUAUUAAAAUUUUCUUUGGGAGGAUUAGAAAAAAGUUUUAAUUCGACAUUUUGUAUUGAAUUUUUCUCUCAUAUCGGCGUUAGAGAGUCAUUUUAUUACUAUGUCGAGUUCUUAUUUGCCGAUCUUAACCCAGAAGUCCUUUGCGACAAAUUCGACUUCAUGUGCUGCAAGGGAUUCCAUUCACCAGAAUGCGUUGAAAAAUGGCUUCUGAUCAAGAAAUAUAUGAAUUGCUAUAUGAUUCAAGACCUGGGGCUCGAGCCUUGGUUUCCUCACUCCCCCUCUGUGAGCGGACAAAACAUUGCGUUCUCUCACAGAGGGGGGCUAUUUAUAGUAUUUUUUUUCCAAAUUAAAAAAUCCUAAAUUUGAAAUAAUUUUAAAUCAAAUAUUUAAAAUUGGAUCUGUUUAAACAGAGAUUUCAUAAUAAUAAUUAUUACUUAAUAAUUAAAAUAUUUUUUCAGAAGAAUUUUUUGCUCACUAUAUGAGUUUUUUACCAAAUAUAUAGGGAUUUUUCUGAUAGUUUUAUUCGUUCAAGUAGGUGCGAGUCAAAAUCAUAGCAACUCAUUUCUACCGAGUAUCUUUACAGUCCGUCUAGACAAUUGCGUAGAUGUCGGGAUGGAAAAAAGAGAAAUGGUCACAGAAGCAGUCGCCAAGGAAAAUAAAGAAGAAAUUUGGAUUACCGGAGAUCUGGACUCUUCAUUCAAAUUUAGAUUUGAUUGCGUUCAGCUUAAGGCGCUAUAA